CGCGGAUCAGGAUUGCGCCGCAAAUUUCGAAUAAAAGCACUGAAAACACCCACUCCGACAGAACUGUCGUCUUUUUUUGUCGGUAAUUCGACUACUAUGGCCGCUGCUUCAGGCUUGAACAAGGAAGGGAGCUUGGCAGACAACAUCAGAGGCGUGUUCGACGGUGCCCUCCAACCCGGAGCACGGCCAUGUCUUUUGAUAAUCGACUUCGUCCAGGCUUAUCUGAAGAAGGACUCCCCACUUUACGCUGGUGUAGAAGAUGCUUUGGCUUCAACGAAGCGUUUGCUAGCUCUUGCGAGGCGUCAGCGGCUCCCUGUGGUUCAUACAAGGGUUGAAUUCUUGCCAGGCGGAUUAGAUGGUGGCAUCUUCUUCCGCAAACUACCCCUUCUUAAAAUUUUUGAGAAAGGAUCACCUAUGGGAAACUUUCAUCCAGAUGUCAUGCCCCUUCCGAAUGAAGUUAUCGUAACGAAGCAAUAUGCUAGCGCCUUUUUCGGAACCUCCCUGGCGCCAACCCUCAGAGCUCAAGGAGUCGACACCGUGCUUAUUGCGGGACUCUCGACGUCCGGAUGCGUCCGCGCCACAGCAACAGAUGCGUGCCAACACGGCUUCAUUCCAAUCGUUGUUGAGGAUGCGGUUGGUGAUCGACAUAAUCAGGUCCACGAGUCUAAUUUGUUCGAUAUUAAGGCGAAGUACGCUGAGGUCUGGGACGAGGAAGCUGCAAGCAUGUACAUAAAAAAUCGUGAACAAUGAAGCGGCAAAGCUUAUUUUGAAAAAUCGUACCAAUUAAAUUUGAAGCCCG